UUCCUUGCAAUUUUUCUCUCGAACCAAACGCUGAAGAGAAAAUCUUGCCGUUUCUUUAUUCGUACAAUCGCCGCGUCGUCGCUUUUUACUUUCUCUAGAAAACAAGAAUUUCCCGAGAAACAAACAAAAUUUUGCCUACGAUUUAUAAUACGACGCAGCACCUCUGAUAAGUUUCUCUCCAAUCAAAUAGAUAAAGAAAAGAUUUUAUGUUUAUCCACUCGCCUCGAUCUUAGCAAAAUCAAGAGAUUCUGUUCAAAAAUUCAUUAACGGAUUAGGUUAAAACUUAAAAAAAAACUCAAUUAUUUUCUUUCUAAAGAAAAAUGAUGAGAAGUUCAAAUCAACAGCAACAAGAUCAUCAAUCGAGAAUUUUUUAUGAGCUAUCAGCUUUAGUUCUCAAUUUGCUACGCUCACCGCCGUCGCCGUCGCCGACGAGUUCGUAUUCGGAUCAAUCGGGGACUGGUUCGGAGUUGAGGAGGCGGAGGGCGGUGGGGCAGAUAACGCCGGCGGGAUUUGCGUCGUUGAUGUUGGGGAUAUCGAUGGCGUUGAUGUUGUGUGGAUCGGUGACGUUUUUUAUUGGGUUUAUAUUGAUGCCUUGGGUUCUUGGAUUAGUGAUGGUUUUUUAUGUGGCUGGGAUUGUUUCUACUUUAUCUAUGUUAGGCCGUUCGAUUCUUUGUUAUGUUUUGUCUCCUCCUCCUCCUUCUCCUACGAAGGAUCAAAUUCCCUCAUGGAAACUUUUGUGAGAGAGGAGGUUGCGCAGAGGAGUUAAUAGGAGGAUUUAGCAGCUUGAGAAGAUAUACUGAGAAGAUAAAAAUUGGAAGCUUUUGAAAGUAUUGAUGGCAGGAAUUGUGGAUAACUGUUGUUCCUGAAGACUGAAAUUUGUGGAUAUGGUAUGGCCUCUUUAUUUAGUCAAAAAUAGUGGAUUAUUGAAGGUUUUUUAAAGACCUAUAUUGUAAUGAAUUCCAUACUUUUGAGAUGAAAUGGGAGGAUUAUCCCCAUUUCUUCUCUAAUAUUCAAUUUCUAUUUUAGUAA